AUGGCAAGUUUGUCAGGGUGUCAAGCUGUCAAAGUUGUCGACACCAGGGUGCGUCGCAGCGUACUGCUUGGAUUCCUGCCCGAUGUCCAGGCGCUACUUCACCCUGCGCUCGCCGCUGAACCCCGGAGAAAAUCCAUCGAUCACUUGAACGAAACGAAGCAGCGGCUCUCUGAAGUCCAGAGAGCUUUCUGCGGAAUCCGGGCGACUGAAGCCGUCGUUUUACAAACAGAUCUCGACCAGAGAAACCUCCGAGAACUGGGACGAACGGAGGACGAUGUGGAAAUUCGGAAGAGGCCGUGGCUGGGUCGCGCCUUGGCUUUGCAUGCCCGCCUGCGAAUACGGGAAGCGGCCGACCAGAUAUGUGCGUAUCAUUCUCCUCCUCGAAGAAAGUUCAAGCGCAUCAACCUCGUCUGA